AGCUUUGUCCAUAACCCUCAGCUCAUAUAUCCUACCACUCUCUCAUUCUCUUCUUACCUAUAUCAAAGGUUCCUCAUUAAUGGCUAAUCUAGCAACAUUCUCCAUUAUCUCACUUCUCUUCUUCUUUUUUAGCUUUUGCUUUCAUGCAACUUUUGCUGAUUAUGGUGGCUGGCAAAAUGCUCAUGCCACUUUCUAUGGUGGUGGUGAUGCCUCUGGCACUAUGGGGGGUGCUUGUGGAUAUGGAAAUUUAUAUAGCCAAGGGUAUGGAACCAACACUGCAGCACUAAGUACAGCACUAUUCAACAAUGGUUUAACAUGUGGGGCUUGUUACGAGCUGACUUGCAACAACGAUGGUCAAUCGUGCCUCCAAGGGAGCAUUAUUGUGACUGCAACUAACUUCUGCCCUCCAAAUCCAUCCCUCCCUAACAACAAUGGUGGUUGGUGCAAUCCCCCUCUCCAACACUUCGAUUUAGCUCAGCCUGCUUUCUUGCAAAUUGCCAAAUACAGAGCUGGAAUCGUUCCUGUUUCUUUCCGAAGGGUGCCCUGCAGGAGAAAGGGGGGAGUAAGGUUUACAAUAAAUGGACACUCAUUCUUCAACUUGGUUUUGGUGACAAAUGUUGGGGGUGCCGGUGAUGUUCAAUCAGUUUCAAUUAAAGGGUCUAAUACUGGAUGGCAAACAAUGUCCAGAAAUUGGGGCCAAAACUGGCAGAACAAUGCUAAUCUCAAUGGCCAGAGUCUUUCAUUUCAAGUCACCACUAGUGAUGGAAGGACUCUCACUAGCAACAAUGCUGCACCAGCAAAUUGGCAAUUUGGCCAAACUUUUGAAGGGGCUCAAUUUUAAUUAAGUAGUUUUUACUACUAUAAACAAACUUAAGAAAAAAAGCAAAAGGAAAAUAGAGGUUUUUUCAACUUCUAAUUUGUAUAUGGCAUUGAAAGGGUGAGUAGGUUUCGAAGAGGCUGGGGGAGUUUGGCGGUAAAACAUCCGAAAUUUUUUACCGAGUUUGGCUUUAUUGCUGUGGUGGCUGGUUAGCACCCGCUUAGGCCUAUAGUAGAUAUGAUUGGAUCUUGAGUUGAAAUUUUUACAACUUAUGUAUUUUUAUCCUUUUUUAGAGAUAUUAUUAGUGGCCAUUUAUGGAUUUGUAGGCCACUUAAAUAUCGCUAGAUUUAUCUGGGCCAUUUUUAUCUGUUAGUCCCUAAUUCAUUGUGUAAGCAGAAUUGGGGCGACUUAAUGUCACGUUAUCCUUUUGUAUAA